CAUAAGUUUAUAUAUAUUGUGUUUUUUUAUUUUUGCUUAUUACUUUUUUAACUGAAUAUGUCGGCUGCCGUGCAGUUUAUAGUGGGCCUAAUCGCCGCCUUUGGAGCCUUUUGCCUGGGCGCCGUGAUCGGCUGGUCGGGACCCGCGGAGGAGGAGAUCAAGGCGGAGGUGGCCUACAGCUUCGCCCCCGAUACGGCGGAGUGGGGUCUGGUUGGAUCCCUGAUGACGCUGGGAGCGGCCUGCUCCUGCAUCCCGGUGGGCUACCUCAUCGGCAAGAUCGGACGCAAGGUGACGAUGCUCUGCCUGCUGCCGCCCUUUGUGAUCGGCUGGCUGCUAAUCAUCGCGGCGGUGCACAUCUCGAUGCUGUUGGUCGGACGCUUCAUUGUGGGAUUCUGCGGUGGUGCCUUCUGCGUGGCCGGUCCCAUGUACACCACCGAAAUAGCCGAGAUCAAGUAUCGCGGCAUCAUGGGCUGCUUCUUCCAGCUGCUGAUCGUCCACGGCGUCCUCUACUCGUUUGUGGUGGGAGCCUUUGUGAAUACCCUCUACUUGAGCAUUGCCUGCGCCAUUUUGCCCGUGAUCUACUUCCUGAUGUUCAUGUGCAUGCCCGAGUCGCCAGUUUAUUUGGCUCAGAAGGGCAAAACCGAGCGGGCGGAGAAGGCGCUGAAGUUCCUGCGUGGCAAGGAUGUGGAUGUGAGUGGCGAGCUAAAGGAUGCGGCACUCGAUAGCCAGAAGGAGAAGACGAGCAUUGGGAAGACGCUGUGCCGCAAGGUCACGCUCAAGGGGCUCUUCCUUUCCAUUGGACUGAUGAUAUUCCAACAGUUUACGGGAAUCAACGCGAUCAUCUUCUAUACAACAUUCAUCUUCACGUCGGCGGGAUCGUCGCUGGAACCACGUUUCUCUACGAUUAUCGUGGGGGUGGUGAUGGCCAGCUCCACCGUGGUCUCGAUCUUCCUGAUCGAACGAUUGGGUCGCAAGAUGUUGCUGCUGAUCUCGUCCUUCAUGAUGGGCGCCAGCACCCUGACCAUGGCCCUGUACUUUGGCCUGCUCCUGUCCUCGGAUGUCGGCUGGCUGGCCCUCAUAGCCAUCUGCAUUUUCAUCAUCGGCUUCUCCUUUGGCUUUGGUCCUGUUCCCUGGGUGAUGAUGGCGGAGCUGUUUGCGGAGGAUGUGAAGGCCCUGGCUGGAUCGAUUGCGGGAACCACCAAUUGGUUGAGUGCCUUUGUCGUCACUUUGCUGUUUCCCGUGCUGAACGAGAAAAUCGGAGCCACUGCGUGUUUUGGAAUUUUCUUUGGCUUCGCCGUUUGCGCCUUUUUGUUUGUACUCUUCCUGAUCCCCGAGACGAAGGGCAAGACCCUCAACGAGAUCCAGGCCAAGCUGGGUGAGAAGAAGGAGUAGUCUGCUUGGGAUCAGGAAAUAUGAAUUUCACCUCCUUACUUCAGAGAUCUCCAGAUAUAGAUCUUUGAUAAAUUUUUGACUAGUCAUGUAAAUUUUUAAGUUUAUAAGGUUUUCAAGAGCAGCAAGUGCUGAGAAUGAGGAAUAUGUACCAGUGCCUAGAUGGACAAUUCAUCAUGCCUAGGAUAAUAAUGUCCGAAGUACCAAUGCCUUAAAUGACAAUGUAUAGUCGGCGCAUCUCGAAUCCCUUUGGAUCAAAGUAUCCUGUUAAAUCACUUCAUUUUAAUGUACAAAUUUUACCUUUUUGAUAGAGGAAUUUAAAAAUUAUUUUGUAAAAUGUGCGUUAGCACACCUUUUUAAGGCA